AUGCCCACUCGAUACUCCGGCAAUCCCAAAUCCUCCAAUCUGCCACCCGAUUCCUCUGCAGCUGCCAACGGAGGAAGCGGUUUGAAUCAAAUCAGCGAGGAGGAGGAGGAGGAGGAGGAGGAGGACGAUGCCGAUAAAGAUGGAAAAGCACACGGUCGAUUAAGGCAUGAUCGAUGUCAGAACAACCGGCAUAGCAGUAAUCUUAACAGUCAUCACAGCUCCUCUGGUGCCCGUGUAGACUCUUCCUCUGACUCCGACUCUUCCUCUGUUUCGUCUUCGGAGGAAGAUUAUUUCAAUCGCAUAUCUAAAUAUCCCCCUCGUAUGGACCGAGAACCAGCCUCGCCCUGUUCUGCCGCUUCUUCCUCCUCGCCUUGCGGUCAGAGCCUCAGCUAUGCGGAUAGGUCAGAAGACGAUGAGGAAGGUGUUGGCGGUGGUGGCGUUACGGCCUCCCGUUCUCCUCUU